AUGGCCGAGAAGCGGAGGGGCUCGCCGUGCAGCAUGCUAAGCCUUAAAGCGCACGCCUUCUCCGUGGAGGCGCUGAUCGGCGCGGAGAAGCAGCAACAGCUUCAGAAGAAGCGACGAAAGCUGGGCGCGGAAGAGGCGGCCGUGGCGGUAGAUGACGGAGGCUGCAGCCGCGGCGGUGGCGCCGGGGAAAAGGGCUCCUCCGAGGGAGACGAAGGCGCUGCACUCCCGCCACCGGCCGGGGCGGCAUCGGGGCCAGCCCGGAGCUGCGCCGACCUGGAACGGAGCUGCGGCUCCCGCGGAGCCGCGGGCGGCUGUGAGGACGGGUUCCUGCAGGGCGCUUCUCCGUUGGCGUCCCCGGGAGGAUCCCCGAAGGGGUCCCCAGCGCCCCCCCUGGCACGGCCGGGGACCCCGCUGCCCUCGCCGCAGGCCCCGCGGGUGGAUCUGCAGGGAGCAGAGCUCUGGAAGCGCUUUCACGAGAUCGGCACGGAGAUGAUCAUCACCAAGGCGGGCAGGCGCAUGUUUCCAGCAAUGAGAGUGAAGAUCUCAGGACUAGAUCCUCACCAGCAGUAUUACAUUGCCAUGGACAUUGUGCCAGUGGACAACAAAAGAUACAGGUAUGUUUACCACAGCUCUAAAUGGAUGGUGGCGGGGAACGCAGACUCCCCUGUGCCGCCACGGGUGUACAUCCAUCCAGACUCGCCUGCCUCAGGAGAGACUUGGAUGAGACAAGUGAUCAGCUUUGACAAGCUGAAGCUCACCAACAAUGAACUGGAUGACCAAGGCCAUAUCAUUCUUCAUUCUAUGCACAAAUACCAACCGCGGGUCCAUGUCAUCCGUAAAGACUGCGGGGAUGAUCUUUCUCCCAUCAAACCUGUUCCAUCUGGAGAGGGAGUAAAGACAUUCUCCUUUCCAGAAACUGUCUUCACAACGGUUACUGCCUAUCAGAAUCAGCAGAUUACUCGGCUGAAGAUAGAUAGGAAUCCAUUUGCCAAAGGCUUUCGAGACUCUGGGCGUAACAGAAUGGGUUUGGAAGCCCUUGUGGAGUCAUAUGCAUUCUGGAGACCUUCACUACGGACUCUCACCUUUGAAGAUAUCCCUGGAAUUCCCAAGCAAGGAAAUACAAGUUCCUCCACGUUGCUCCAAGGCUCUGGGAAUGGCGUUCCUGCCACCCACCCUCAUCUUUUGUCUGGCUCCCCUUGCUCCUCCCCUGCCUUCCAUCUGGGGCCCAACACCAGUCAGCUGUGUAGCCUGGCCCCGGCUGACUACUCUGCCUGUGCCCGCUCUGGCCUCACCCUCAACCGAUACAGCACAUCCUUGGCCGAGACCUACAACAGGCUCACCAACCAGAGCGGAGAGACCUUUGCCGCGCCCAGGACUCCCUCCUACGUGGGCGUGAGCAGCAGCGCCUCGGUGAACAUGUCCAUGGGUGGCACAGAUGGGGACACUUUCACCUGCCCACAGACCAGCCUUUCCAUGCAGAUUUCGGGGAUGUCCCCCCAGCUUCAGUACAUCAUGCCUUCACCCUCCAGCAACGCCUUUGCUGCUAACCAGACCCAUCAGGGUUCGUAUAACACGUUCAGGUUACACAGCCCCUGUGCCUUGUAUGGAUAUAAUUUCUCCACAUCCCCCAAACUGGCUGCCAGUCCUGAGAAAAUUGUUUCUUCCCAAGGAAGUUUCUUGGGGUCCUCACCGAGUGGGACCAUGACCGAUCGGCAAAUGUUGCCCCCUGUGGAAGGAGUGCACCUGCUUAGCAGUGGGGGUCAGCAGAGUUUCUUUGACUCUAGGACCCUAGGAAGCUUAACUCUGUCAUCAUCUCAAGUGUCUGCACAUAUGGUGUGAUGAAUCCUGGAAGUUAAAGCAUACUCAGAUUGGUCUAAUGUAUUUCCUUUUUCUUUUUUUCUGAAAGCAAUAUGAAAAGAAACUUAUCCGUAGCUUGUAAGAUUUACAUAUAGUAGGAAAUGAAGGCUCCCUGAGUGUUUUGACUUCCUCAUGGUGAGACUGUAAUUAUCUAUGGUAUAUAUGUAGACCGUACAUAGCACAUGGAGUUUUGCAGCCUGCAAAACCACAUCCUCCCUCUUUUGUCCCCCCUAUUUCAUUUAGUUGCACAGAGUAUUGGCAUAAGUAGUA